AUGGCCACACUUUCCAUCUCUGAGGGCGAGAUCCCGUUCGCUGCGCCGGGUACUGACAAGCUCACCAAUACUUGGUACAAGACCAUCGGAGACGUCACCAAGUCUCCACCUCUCAUCCUCUGCCACGGCGGUCCAGGCGCCGGCCACGAGUGCCUUCUCUCUUUGACCGACCUCUACGAACAAUAUGGCAUCCCACUCAUUUUCUACGACCAAGUCGGCUGUGGCAAGUCCACCCACUUCAAGGAGAAGAUGGGCGAUGAGCUGUUCUGGAGCAUCGAGCUGUACUGGGCCGAGCUCGACAACUUGAUCGACAACUUCGGACUACGACAGUCAGGAUAUCAUCUCCUCGGCCAGAGCUGGGGCGGGAUGCUGGUCGGGUCUUAUGCUGCGAAGCGUCCUGUCGGUCUGAAGAAGCUGAUCAUCUCGAGUGGACCUGCUUCUGGAGCGCUGUACCAGGAGUCUGCGAAUCUCUUGCUGAAAGAACUGCCUGAAGAUGUCAGGAAGACGCUGGAGGAUUGCGAGAGUCGCGGAGAUCACGAGAGCGACAAGUACAAGGCGGCGAGCAUGGAGUUCUUAAAGCGUCACGUAUGCCGCUUGGACCCAUUCCCAGACGAUAUUCUUAAGGCGUUUGGGCACUUGGAGCAUGAUAAUACGAGUUAUAUGACUGUCCAAGGACCUUCUGAAUUCCAGAUCACCGGCUGGCUCAAGCAUUGGGAUUCCUCGACUGAUGCCUACCAUAUCGAAUCCCCAACUCUGCUCAUCAAUGGCAAGUAUGAUGAGAUGCAGGACAUCACCAUUGAGCCCUGGUUCCGUCGCAUCCCGAAAGUCAAGUGGAUUACCCUUGACAAUUCGAGCCACUUGAGCCACUAUGAGGAGAGGGAUAGAUACAUGAAGAUCUGUGGAGAUUUCCUGAAGUACUGA